UCGCCUUUCUAUGAAGGCGAGCAGCCCAGCCCCCUUGUUGAAAUUUGGAUAUUAAGGAAGCCGUAUUUCGCAAUAGCAGCUCCGAGAAGCUGGGCUUAGGGUGCGCCUCCUGCGGUCGUUUCAGUGACUCAAUUGGCUGGCUUCCCUCAGCUCAGACUGGUGUCGCCACCUCUCCCAGGACCGGAAUGAUUAUCCCCGCCCGAUGGGUCUACAUUCAUCCCUGAAUGUCGUCGGGUACUCUUCACUUCCCCGCCAUUCUUGUAACCGUCACCUGUAAUCCGCGCAGGUGUGUCCGCACCCCCUGGAGUGGACGAGAAAGAAAGGAUUUUUUCUCGGAGCAACCCCGGUUCCAGACCCAGGAGUUCACUUUCCCGUAUGAGCAUUCGAUUGGACGUAUCAGGGUUCGCCGCGGUUCAUUGCUGUGCUUACACACUAGGCUACCCUUCUCCGAAAGCUCCGCGGGACCACCUAUCACUAGUCUUCGGCCGGAGGGGUUUAUUGCAAAAAGGCCGGGACGCGGGCUCCCGCAGAGGAAAGCCCAACGAAUGCCAUAUUGGCAUACUCUCCUAAAAAAAGCAGACCCCACCCCAUUGAAGACGGGAGUGAGGUACAACAAGGCCAUUUCCGUCCCUUCUCACAGAGCCGUACGUGGACGUUACCGCUCAUACAGCUCCCAGCCAGCAAGAGUUAGCUUUCCUCUAGAAGUCAUGGAAGUGUGGAUAAAUCGACGGAAGGUUUUUAUUCCUUAUAAACCCGCCCUAACCGUUCUAAAUAUGGACGGAGAGCGGUCUUCAUUUUUUCGGGGUGCUCCAGAUCACAUUUAA